GCAGUAUAUCACAACGAUGUGGAAAGUACUGUUGUUGGGGCUGGCCUUCUUGGCACUGCACCAAGUGGAAGGUGCAAACGACCCAGUGAAGAAGCCGGAAUGGUGGGAAAGUGGCAUCAUCUAUCAAGUUUACCCUCGGAGCUUCAAGGAUAGCAAUGGCGAUGGAAUCGGAGAUCUUAACGGGAUCACCAGCAAACUUGAACACAUUCGAGACAGCGGAGCCGUGGCUCUUUGGCUUUCUCCGAUCUACUCGAGCCCGCAAGUGGAUUUUGGAUACGACAUUUCCAACUUCACCGAAAUCGAUCCAAACUACGGAACACUCGCCGACUUUCGCAAUCUCGUCACUAGGGCAAAAUUGCUGGGUUUGAAGGUUCUACUAGAUCUAGUGCCGAACCAUAGUUCUGAUCAACACGAGUGGUUCAAGAAGAGCGCCAAGCGUAUCAAGCCCUACGACGAAUACUACAUCUGGAGGGAUGGCAAAGUAUUGGCUAACGGCACCAGAGUUCCACCUAACAACUGGAUUUCCAUUUUCUCUGGACCAGCCUGGACAUGGAACGAGGAGCGUAAGCAGUACUACUACCAUCAGUUCGCCUCAGCUCAGCCGGAUUUGAACUACCGCGAUGCCAAUCUCAGACUUGAAAUGGAUAACGUCAUUACAUUUUGGUUGGACCAGGGUGUCGACGGCUACCGAAUCGACGCCAUCAUCCAUAUGUUUGAAGACGCUGCCUUACGCGACGAGCCAUUGUCUCAUCGACCUGGUGUGCCGCCUACUGACUACGACUAUCUGGAGCAUCCGUAUACGAAAGACCAAAACGAAACAUACGACGUGGUUGCUCGCUGGCGCCAGAUAAUGGACAAGCACUCUCAAGAUCACAAAACAGAUAAGAAGUACGCCAUAGUCGAGGCAGGCUCACCAUAUCCGUUGAUGAUGAGGUACUACCAGGUCGGUGUCGAUCCGUUCAACUUCAUGUUCAUUGCGACUCUGCGCAAUUCUUCACGGCCAUCGGAUUUCGCAAACGCUAUUAACGAAUGGAUGUACAACAUGCCCAAGGAUCAGAGCGCCAACUGGGUCGUCGGAAACCACGACAACAGCAGGGUUGCCUCCAGGUUUGGUUACCAAAGUAACAGAGCAGAUCAGAUGUCCAUGCUGGCAGCGGUUCUGCCCGGUAUCACCGUUAUCUACAACGGAGACGAGAUCGGUAUGAUCGAUCGCCCUAUGACCUACGAAGAGACAGUGGAUCCAGCUGGUUGCAAUGCCGGCCGAGAAAGGUAUCAAUUAAAAUCUCGCGAUCCUGCCAGGACUCCUUUCCAGUGGGACAACACGACGAGCGCCGGUUUUUCAACUAGCCGGAAGACGUGGUUGCCUGUGCACGAGAACUACAAAACUUUGAACUUGGCGGCACAGAAGCUAGCUUCCAUCUCCCAUUACAAAGUCUUUUUAGCCUUGGCUAAACUUAAAAAAACCAAACUACAUCAUGAGGGUCAGUUGGAGAUCAGUACGGACAAUGACAAGGUUUUAGGAGUCGUAAGACGGCGGCCUCAUCAGACGCCCUUGGUACUUCUAAUCAACUUUGAAGAGACGCCAAUCAAGCUGGAUUUGAGAAGUUGGCUACAUCUUCCUGACAGCAUUGACAUUUACACGGCGUGCGUCAAGUCGGGAUUAAAAGUUGGGACUACGGUCAAAAGCGCACAAUUUGUGAUUCCGGGCGCGGCUGCCGUGAUUCUGGCAGGUAAUGAUUUGGCAUGAAAUUUAUGUAUUUCGUAACUAUGAUUUUUCAUUUAUUCAACUGUAAAAUAUUGUAUAAUGUACGACGAAUAAAGUUAUAAUCACAUUUCCGAAGUUA